GUAACCAUUCAGACGUUAAUGUCUAGCUGCUCAGUGACACCGUUAGCCGUCACAGCUCCCUUGACAUCAUUUAUAAACCUGCAUGAAUAUAUAUAGUUGAAAAUCGGAAAGUACACAUUUGUUUGUUUAGGCCUCGUUUAAUACACUAUAUUCCUCUACACGUGGUCAUCAUGGGCGAGGUGGAGCUGUCCUGUCGGGCUUAUGUCAAGAUGUACCUGCACUGCUGUCUGUUUCCGCGCUGCAGCAUCAACGGGCUGCUGCUGUCGUCCAGCACGACAGGAGACGCGGUGUGUGUGACGGACUGUGUCCCGCUGCUUCACUCCCACCUGUCCCUGGCCCCCAUCACCCAGCUGGCCCUCACACAGGUGGAUGUUUGGUGUUCACAGACUCAGCAGAGGAUAGUGGGAUACUAUCAGGCCAAUGCCUGCGUAUCGGACAGUAGCCCGACGCCGUGCGCGCUGAAGAUAGCCGAUAAGAUUUCUGAGCAGUUUGAAAAUGCAGUUUUGUUAAUGCUCGACGGCAGUAAGAUGUCUGCAGACUAUCGGGUUCCUCCCAUCGUGAUGUACGAGCGCAAAGAUUCAAGAUGGACGCUCAAAGACAAACACACGGUCAUGCUGCGACAGUGGGAGGAGACUCGGGCGAUCGCCGGUCAGAUGCUGGAGUCCGGCGAUCACUCGCUGCUGGUGGACUUCGACAGCCACCUGGACGACAUCACAAAGGACUGGACCAAUCAGAAACUUAACAACAAGAUCGCAGAGCUCGCCUCGCCGGCCAACGGCAGCAUGUAGACCAGUUUUGUAGCACCAGUUUUGUACCAGGGUCCAGAUUUUAUUUUGUGACAACACGACCACCACACGCAGUUCAGGUUUAUUUUUAAUGCUUUAUUUGUUGUGACUGAACAUGGACAUGACGUAAAACAUGCAUAAAUAACACAAUAUUUACAGUUUGGUAGGUCUCUGUAGUCUUCCAACCCCCCCGUCAGAGUGUGCCUUUUGGUUCAGCCCAACACCCCCGCUGACUUAACAUGGAAAAAUCCAACCUUUUAACACUACUGCCAAGCAGCUGUGGUUCAUCUGGUCCUGCUGUGUUCUUUUUGUUGCUGUAUUACUGUUAUUCCCAUGUAUAAGACAAGCUCCAAGGGGUGGACAAAAAAACAGAAACACCUUUUAUAUUAUAAUAAUUUAUAAUAUUAAAGUCGUGCAGUGAAUACAAAUGAGCUGAAGCUGAAGGAAGAUGAAUCCUGAUCGAAUUUGAAAGAUGAAUCGAUCCUCGGUGUCGCGCUAGAAACCAGAAAUAUCUGUACAACAAAAGUAAUUGAGGAGAUGUGAGCAGUGUAUGAACGUACAUGAAGCCAAGAAAAACAAACAUCCUGCGCUUCAGCAGAAUGUAUUUACUGCAGGACUUUUAUAUUGAAAUGUUUCAUAUGUUUGUUUUCCCCUGAUACUUUCUGAACAUCUUAGAAAAUGUCCAAUCAGUGUAAAUGUGAAACACUAACAGACGUUUGAGCGACACUCUGUACACUACUGUAAAUUAUUUUCUCACUUAAUAACCUAACACAUGAUUUCUAACUGGAGCAGGAAUGAAAGUUGUUCAGAGACGUAAUCCAUUGUGUUUAACAACAGGAAGCUAAUGUGAAAACGAAACAGACGUUACAUUAAAAACUAAACUGCUAACGA